UGCCGGGCCACGUGACGUGGCUCCUUGGCGCGGGAGCCGCGCUCUGACCGGCCGCCGUCACGCUCGGCCUCCCAUUCGCCCGGCGCCUCAGGAAGGAGAGGAAGGGAAGGAAGAAGAUACAAAGUUUCCAGCGGGGGGAGAGAGAGAGAGAGAGACUUCCCCGAGCCCCGGAGCCUUCUCCCGGCGGUGUGAUGCCUCCUAAAAGGCAUGGAAAAAGCAACCUCCCCACCCCUCUUCAAGAAGGGGUAAUACUGAAAGACACCGAAAAAAGAGAGUGGAGACUAGGUCGUAUGAUUGGCCAGGGAGGAUUUGGCCUAAUCUACCUAGCUUCCCCUCGCCUUGAUGUUCCCGUAGAAGACAGUGCAGAGCAUGUCAUUAAAGUGGAAUACCUUGAAAACGGCCCCUUGUUUUCUGAACUGAAAUUCUACCAGCGAGCUGCAAAACAAGAGCAUAUCAAGAAGUGGAUGAAGCUGAAACGAUUGACAUUUUUAGGAAUUCCUUUCUUCUGGGGAGCUGGCCAGACUGAACAUAAUGGCAAAAGUUACAGAUUUAUGGUGAUGGAAAGGUUAGGAGAGGAUCUGCAAAGCAUCUUUGAAAGAGGAGGACGAAAGUUCAGCAAGGGAACGGUUCUGCAGAUUGGAGUCCGCAUGCUGGAUGCUUUGGAAUACAUACAUGAACAUGAAUACGUUCAUGGGGACAUUAAAGCAGGAAAUUUGCUUUUGGGCUACAGAAAUCCACAUGAGGUUUAUCUUGCUGAUUAUGGACUCGCCUACAGAUAUUGUCCCGAUGGGAACCACAAAGAGUAUCGGGAAAAUCCUAAGAAGGGCCAUAAUGGGACCAUAGAGUUUACCAGCUUAGAUGCUCACAAGGGAGUAGCUCCAUCCAGACGAGGAGACCUUGAAAUUCUUGGCUUCUGCAUGCUCCAGUGGAUGUGUGGGAAUCUGCCCUGGGAUCGGAAUUUGAGGAACCCCGAUGCUGUCCGGGAUGCAAAAGCAAAGCUCCUGGACGAACUCCCAGAUUCAGUGACAAGAUGGGCUCCCGCAGGAACAGACUGCAGUGAAAUAGCCAGGUUUUUGAAAAAUGCAUCUGAAUUAGCGUACAAGGAAAAGCCUGAUUAUGAAGCGCUAAAGAAAAUCCUCCUGGACGGUCUGGAACACAAAGGAGUCUGUUGCAAUGGGGCACUGAAUUUUGCCGCUGCCGAAAGACCUCCGAAUGAAUCUGCUGCUAAACACAAGAAAGUUGAUUUGCCAAAGCCAGUGCCAAGGCAAGUUAAAGACGAGAAGGGAAAGGAGUUCGAAAGCAAGGACCUCUCCUAUCGUAGAAGAGCCGCUGUGGGAAUGAAAAGCAGCCAAGGACAAGACGAGCAGAUGCUGGCUAGGCUGAGCAAGCAGCUUCAGAACGAAGCGCCCGCUAAGACUGGAGGAAAGUCAGCUGGAGCCACAAUCGAUGUUUACAGGAGGAAGUUAGUCAAGAUCUCUGUUGAAGACAUGGAUAGAAGUUUUAUGCUUCCUUCUCAGAAAGGUAGAGAACCACAACCUAUCUGCAACACCUUCUGGCAAAUUGAGGAAAAAUCCAUAGGAAAUGGAGUUACAUAUUCUGAAGCCUUUCAACCAGAACGCUUUCAGACUUCGACUAGCACUUCUAUAUGCAGCACUUUGGAGUCUGGACUUCAUGAAGCAUCUGGACUUCGUAAAGAAUUGUACCAAUACACGAUGACCAUCAUUGUCCUCUUCUUCUUAAUACUGCUUUCUGUGUAUUUUCUUUGAUAUCAUGUCUAAUGUGUUAGCAUUCUUAAGACUGUACAUUUACAUAGUUACAGGCUUCUGAAAUUCCACUUCAGACUUUCUUCAUAGACAUUUUCAGUGUUAUUGGCUGGAAUAGUUUUUCAAAGCAAGGUGAGUUGUUACAAAAUUAAAAAUCAAUAAAGUACUUGAAUUUUGCUUACA